UGCCACACGACCUAUGUGCCACAAUUUGCAUCCGCUUUUCUGCGAUUCCCAAAAAUAAUGGGCGGCUCCUUCAUCUUGCCGUCUCACCUCCAUCCACGAAAUCCACGACGUGUCUGCACAAAUGAACGGCUACGGGAAUAUGAAUGGAGCAUCCACCUCAGCUCAAGGAGCUGGCGUAGUCGGAUCGGGUAUGAAUGGAUUGGACGGCACAUCGGGCGUUCAAGUUCCUAUUGGUCCGACGAAUCAACCUCGAGUCUUGGUCAGGAAUAUAACGGAUAAAGAGACGACAUUUCAUCUCAGUGGAGUCGAGCUGGGCUAUGCAAACAGUGUCAGAAGAGUCAUGAUGGCGGAUGUACCGACUAUAGCGAUUGAUCAAGUCUCCUUCUUCCAGAAUACUUCCCCGGUCCCGGACGAAAUGUUAGCUCAUCGACUUGGAAUGGUACCUUUGAUCAGUCGGAAUGUCAUGAGAGGAUUGAGAUAUACCAGGGACUGUGACUGUGACGAGGGAUGCUAUUAUUGCAUGGUGCAACUCCGACUUAAAGUCGCUUUCUCAGGCACAGAUCGAAAGAGUUUAAACGUUACGAGUGAUAUGCUCGAAGUCAUCCCAUCUCCUCGUCAGCCGCCGCCGCCAAAUCCAUAUGGCCAGAAUCCAGAUUUAUCCGAAGACGACCGUCUAAUCAUCGAGAAUAGGGAUCCGGAAAUGGGCGUCCCAGUUGGCAAGGGAGAUCCAUCUGUUCCGCCUAUAUUAUUAGCCAAGAUUGCCAAGAAGCAAGAAAUCGAUCUCGUCUGCAAAGCCUACAAGGGCAUCGGCAAACACCACGCCAAGUGGAGCCCUCUCAGUGCUGUCGGAUUUGAAUAUGAUCCUUAUAAUAAGCUGCGGCACACGACGUAUUGGUACGAAGUGGACGAAAAAGCCGAAUGGCCGUUAUCCUCCAACGCGGCAUUUGAGCAACCUCCAGAUCCAUCUCAACCAUUCGACUACAAUGCCGUCCCUUCUACAUUCUACAUGAAUCCGGAGGCUGUGGGCUCUAUUCCUGUCCGGACGAUCGUAGAACAGGGCCUGGAUAUCCUCGUCGAGAAUCUAGCGAAUGUCGUGCUUGCGGUUCAGAAAGAAACGGGAGGAGAUGAAGAUGACGAGGAGGACGGUGGUGGAGGAAUGGUGGACCCGACGAUGGGCAUGAACGGAGAUGGGUACGGUAUGAAUGGACAGUCGGAUCCAUACAGGGAAGGAGGAGGCGGGGGAAGCUGGGGAGGUGGUGGUGCGCCUAAUGGAGCGCCUAGCUGGGCUGGAGGAGGAAGCGGUAUGAGCCCGCUGAGGCGGUAGUCUGACGGGCAAAAAGAAAAAGCUAGUGCGAGCGAGAAAUGCAAGAGGCGCGAGCGUCCUUUGUCACCGUCCCCCCUAUGAUCACUUCCCUUAGCCCUUGGCGAUUGGUGUCUGGGUAGCCUCUCUGGGCUCGAUCUCGCUACCUCAAUGUUGAAGCGUCAGAUUGACUGACGCAUCGCUGACAGCACUGACACGAUGUCUGAUUCCACAGCGGACAAGAUCAAACAGUACGAAGCGGAUAUCGAGAAGUAUCUGGCACGAGGUGAUGUCGCUCGUGUGGAAUUGCUAGAGGAUAAGAUUGUGGAGCUGAAGAG